GACACUUUUCCUUCACCCACAAACUUGCGGGAUGAUCCGGUCCUUGCUCCACAAGUCCACGGCGCCGUCGCGCGUAGCUUUCCAGCACCGCCAUCUGUCUUCUUCCCACCAACAUGCCAAGUGUGUGGGCGUCGUUCGCGAGGUCUACAACAAGUGGGAGCGCCGCGCCCCAGUCACACCCGCACAUGUCCACGAACUGGUGCAAGCCGGGAUUGAAGUCCGCGUGCAACCGAGCACCCAACGCAUCUUCACGGACGACCAAUAUGUGUCUGCCGGUGCCAACGUCACAGACGACCUGUCGCCCGCGAACGUCAUUGUCGGCGUCAAGCAAGUGCCCAUCGCAAACCUCUUGCCCGACAAAACGUACAUGUUUUUCUCGCACACGAUCAAAGCCCAGCCAGAAAACAUGAAGCUUCUGGACGCGAUCUUAGCCAAGCGCAUCCGCAUGAUUGACUACGAGUGCAUCACCCAAGGCGGCCAACGCAACGGACAACGCCUCAUUGCGUUUGGAGGGUACGCCGGCCGCGCAGGGAUGCUGGCGGGCUUCCGCGGCCUCGGUGAGCGCCUCAUCAACAAGGGGUACUCGUCGCCGUUUGUCAACAUUGGCUCGGCGUACAUGUACCCCGACCUCACGCGCGCCAAGGACGCGGUGGUCGCGGCCGGAAAACUGAUCCAACAGAACGGCCUUCCUGCUGACCUGGCCCCCAUGACGGUGGUGUUCACUGGCAAUGGAAACGUGUCGAAAGGUGCCCAGGAAAUGUUCAAACUGCUUCCCCACAAGAUGGUCGACCCGUCGGAACUGCCGCACUUGCCCCCCAACCGCCACUUGGUGUACGGAUGUGUGGUCAACGAGCGCCACAUGGUUCGACACACCAACAAGGCGGAAUUCACCAAGUCGGAUUACUACAAACACCCCGAGCAGUACGAGCCCGUGUUUCACCAAACGAUUGCCCCGUACACGUCACUCCUGGUCAACUGCAUGUACUGGGACGACCGCUACCCACGACUCCUCACGAAGGACCAAAUGGAUGAGUUGGCGCGGCACGCGGGCGGAAAUCCCAAGCUGCAGGGGGUCGCCGACAUUUCGUGCGACUUGGGGGGCAGCGUCGAGUUCCUGGACCGAUCCACGACCAUCGAAGAUCCGUUUUAUCUGUACGACAUCCAGUCCCGUACGUCCAAGGCGUCGCUCGAGAGCUCUCCGGGAGUCAUGAUGAUGGGCGUGGACAUUUUGCCGAGUGAGUUGCCGACGGAAUCAUCGACGCAUUUCGGCAACCACUUGGUUGGGUUUCUCAAGACAUUGUCGGCGGCGGACGCGGCCAACCUUCCCGCAGAACUGGAAGGCGCGGUGAUCGCCAAGGAAGGGAAGCUCGCGCCCAAGUUUGAGUACAUCCAGUCGAUGCGGCAGGAACGAGAGCGCUCCAAGGGUUAUCAGUACGCGACGGAGGCGGCCGCCAUCGCCGGCAGCACAUGCGUGCAGUUCGAAGGGCACAUGUUUGACAGCGGCCUGCUCGAUAAUGUGCUCAACCUGGUCGAGUCGCAUAACGGAGGGUUCGCCGUGAUUGAGUGCCAAGUGCGGCCCAACUUUAACGACGCCGACUCGCAAACGACGUCGGCGCGGGUAUCACGGGUGAUUGUCCAGAUCAGCAUGGACACCCGGGGCGAACUGGACGAAAUUCUGCGCAAGAUUCAUGAUUUGGCGGAUGUGACGCCGAGAGCUGAAGCAAACGUCCGCGAACUGCCCGAGUAUUGCCAAGGCAAGUACGACGAGACGCUCCGGCAGAUUAUCAAGGACGGCGCCGGCAUGUCGUUCAGCGGCAACAUCUCCGUGCAUGAUGCCAAGGAGCGCAAGCACAUCGUGUGUCUUGGCGCUGGACUCGUAUCUGCUCCGCUGGUCGAGUACUUGACCCGCGACCCUAACCACUCAUUGACGGUGGUCUCGGGGUUGCCGGGGGAAGCGUCGGCGAUGGCUCAAAAAUUCACGAAGAAGAACCGCGCCGUCAAGCCAGCGACCGUGGACGUGGGCCGGGACCCCCGCGCCGUGGCGGCUCUGGUGGCAGAGGCCGACUGCGUCGUGUCGCUUCUGCCCGCGCCCAUGCAUGUCAACAUCGCCAAACUGUGCUUGGACGCAUCGACGCCGCUGGUCACGGCCAGCUACAUAUCGCCGGAAAUGCAAGCGCUGCACGCCCAAGCCCAAGCCCAGCGCACCCCCAUCUUGUGCGAACUUGGGCUCGAUCCUGGCAUGGAUCACAUGAGUGCCAUGAAGGUCAUCGACCAAGUGCAGGCGCAGAACGGCCGCGUGGUGUCGUUUUCGUCGGUUUGCGGUGGCCUCCCCGCCCCCGAAGCCGCCGACAACCCCAUCGCGUACAAGUUUUCGUGGUCGCCUCGCGGGGUGCUCAUGGCGGCUCUGAACGCCGCGCAAUACCGCAAGAACGGCCACGUCGUCCAAGUUCCAGGGGAAGACUUGUUGACGGCGGCAGAGCGCGUCAACUUUUUGCCUGCAUUUGCGUUGGAGCAAAUUCCCAACCGCAACUCGCUGCCGUACGCUGACAUUUACAACAUUCCUGAUGCCGAGUCGGUUUACCGCGGCACGCUGCGCUACGCCGGCAACUGCUCCAUCAUGCACCAGUGCCGGCUGCUUGGAUUGAUGAACCCCAACCCUGAAACACUGCCAGCCACGUGGCCCGAGCUUGUGGCCAAGCUCAAGGCCAAGAAGUCGUCGCUGCGCCCGGAUGCGGAAGCCUUCCUGACCUGGCUCGGCCUCGACGACCCGUCGGCGCUCGUUGGUAUACAUAUAUCACACUAAUUUUUGUGCUUUACAUGUCGUUGACGGGAUGGGUACAGAUCCGUCGGCCACGUGCACGAUCGAUGCGUUUUGCGCGCUCCUGAUCCAGAAGCUGUCGUACCUCCCCGGCGAGCGCGAUAUGGCCAUCAUGCACCACGAGUUUGGCGUCGAGUUCCCCGACCGCCGCCGCGAAAUCAUCACGUCCACCUACGUCGGGUAUGGCGACGACGAGAGCACGGUGAUGGCCAAGACGGUGGGCAUGAGUGCCGCCAUCGGCGUCGAGCUCAUCCUGCGGGGGGACGUGCAGUCGACGGGGGUGCUCACCCCCACGACCCCCGACAUUUACACGCCCGGGUUGGCCCGCCUCGAAGCCGAAGGCAUCCGAUUCAUUGAAAAGACCCGCGUCGUGACCAAAUAACAUGGGGAUAUCUGUCAUCAGUAUGCCCAUCCAGAGAGUAGAAGUGUCGGCGAUGUUGAUGUUACUACUACUCCUCCCCCAAUACUAUGAAUACACGACGAGAACAACCCUUGUUUCACGA